AUGGAACUUACGGGGAGGAUGAGAGAGCAGAGAACGAGGGAAACGACGGAGGACACGGUUGCGCAAGCAAAACGACGUAUCAUGAAUGAUUUAAAAGAAUCCGGGGUAGUCGGAGAAUCAACAUCUAUAGAAUCAACUUCGGCAGACCGACGCCGCCUUGCUGCGGAUUCAUCAGCGUCGGGUCAGCGUAAUCACUCGGUGAAUGACUGGUUAAAGGAGUUCAAGCAUUCAUUCAUCAAGUGUCCCUUCUCGAUGAAAGACUUGAUAGAAAUAAAAUUCCUCCCUGAUGGAACAGAGUCAAAGUAUGGAACCUACUUUGAGGAGAAAGGCAUGAUAGCAUAUGGAGGGUUUGGAGAGGUGUUCGAAUGUAAGGGCAUACUGGAUGGACAACUUUACGCUGUGAAAAAGAUUCAUAUAGACUGUAAGAAGAAAGGCUUUGAUCAACUGUUGAGAGAGGUUACAGCACUCGCUGCACUUAGUCACCCAAAUAUUGUCAGAUACUUCCACGCUUGGGUUGAGCCUCAAAAAUACAUGCCUGACUACAAUAGGGAGGAUUGUGAAUCUGAUGACCGUGCAACAAAGAAAAAGGAGACCGAGGACAACGAAUUUGAAGACAAGGCUCCUUUGCUGUACAUUCUCAUGGAACGUUGCUCUAAGACCUUGUUGAAGUUUCUUGAUGAUGAACUCCCUAAGAGACAGAAAGCACUCGUCCUGUUUCAACAAAUUCUGAAGGCUGUGGAGUUUAUUCACGCAAAUGGGUUUGUCCAUGGAGACCUCACUGCAAGGAACAUAUUCCUCGACAAAAAAAAAUACAGUGAGGCUAGAGUAGUUGAUGAAGAAGGUCAUGUGUUGAAGUCCAAUCCGUAUGGAAUUGACUUCUAUAUGGCUCCUGAGUCGAAAAAAGGUGCAGUGAUAGACAAGAAGGCCGAAUCUGUAGAACGGGCUCUGUAUGUUGGAAGAAACAGCCCAACUACAGGCUUUACACUCCGCCGAACACACAUUCGAGAAAUCGACAAGUGCCAGUGUUUGGAUAAGACUUUGAGGCGGACAAGAGACUUAUCCGGCAGCCUAAGGAAGAUGUCAAACAAUAUGUCAUCUGGUAAACUCCUUGUCAUUCUGCCGCAGGCGUGGAUUGUAGAUCUUCUUUGGUAUACCUAAUACGGGAUAAAAGAACAAACUUUACCACCUUUUUCUGGACAGAAAAUAAAAACUUAUACAUCGGAAACAGAUGAAUGGGGGGUUUUUUCUCUUCUUUUUCUACGACCACUUGAAUUUCAAUAAUAACGGAAUAGCUUACCU